AUGGACAAAGAGAAGACCCCUUUUGGUAUUACAUCUGAUGGAGUAUUAUUAUACAGGGACAGGUUGUGUGUACCUGAUGUUGCUGGGCUACGGCAACAGAUGGCACUGUAUGAGGCACUGUAUGGCAGAAAAUGCAGGUCACCUAUAGGCUGGUUCGAUGUGGGUGAAACUAAGUUAAUUGGCCCAGAUCUAAUUCAGCAGGCAGUUGAGAAGGUGAAGCUUAUUCAGGAACGAUUAUUGGCAGCUGAAAGUCGACAAAAAGCAUAUGUUGACAACCGGCAUCGACCUUUAGAGUUCCAAGUGGAUGACUGGAUUGUCCGUAAAGUAGGCAAGGUUGCCUAUGAAUUGGAUCUACCAGCUGAUUUAGACGUAGUACAUCCGGUGUUCUACGUGUCCAUGCUUCAUAAAUUCGUUGGCGAUCCUUCUAGAGUAUUUCCUGUGCAGGACAUCCAAGUGACCGAGGAGCUACCCUAUGAGGAACAGCCGAUGGCUAUUUUAGAUCGUCAGGUAAGGAGGUUACGCACCAAAGAUGUGGCAUCUGUCAAAGUAUUAUGGCGCAACAACAACCGAGAAGAAAUGACUUGGGAGGCGGAGGAAGAAAUGAAUAAAAAGUAUCCUCAGUUGUUUUCUGUACCCACAGGUAACUUAAGUUCCUUAUUACCUAUAUUGGUUAGAUAA